UUAUUUGAAAAACUGCAGAGUACCAUAGCAACCUUUGUUUCGACUCAAAACAAGUCGCUUCCGAAACACCUGGCAACGCAGAAGUCAAUACUGAGCAGCCUGCCAUUUUCAAUCGGAUAGUCAGUGAACUAGAACGCUUUAGAGUUCCCUACUUCCAACCUUGUACGUUUGCACUGAAAAUGUCGCUGGUCUACAUCACCCAUCACGAUGAGAAUAUUUACGGAUGCGAGCACGAAUUCGAAAAGGCAGCGGGCCGCAAGGAAAGCGUCUUCGUCUACAAAAAUGCCGUUGUGGAGAAGGCAGCCAAGUAUGCCAGGAAGCUGCGGGAUCGCCUGAAUGUGGAGGACAAGAAGCUGUCGGUUGUCCUCCAGGACGAUGGCACCCGCGUCCUCACCGAGGCCAAGAAGUCCCUCCACCGCACCAUGGGCUGUGCCCACACGCCGAUCGACCCGCCGUGCGCCUAUCUGCGCAAGAACCAGGGCAUCAAGUGGCGCCGGGAGAACACCCACAAGUGCCCCCCGGUGACGCCCAUGCCCCCACUUCCGCCACCUGGUAGCGGUGGCCACAAGCCUUCUUUGGCGCCGAACUUCAUCAAACGCAACAAGCUCUGCGCCAGGCGAACCGUUCCCUGUCCGCCGCCACCGCGGUAUGUGGACACUCCCGCGGGAACGCGCCACAACCUGCUCAACUCUGGGCUGGUUCCGCAGUUCAUCUGCCGCAAGGACUUCGGCAAGGUGCCGGUCUACCUGAAGAAGACCAAGAGGAUGCUGGCCGACAUGAACGCGGUGUGCGCGAAGGAGCAGGCGCGACUGCUGGAGCUGUGCCGCGGGAUCAAGGGCUUCACCAAGACGCCCACCGUCGACGUGGGUGGCCCGCCCGAAAUGCCGGGAAUGCGGGUGAUGGAACAGGCGGAGCGCAACGAGAUCCUGGAGGGCUUGCGAUUGAGCCUCACCGACAUGACCAAGCAGUACCAGUCCAUGUCGCUGCUCAUCGACAGCAUCGCCAAGCGGCAGCGCAAGGGCAAGCUGGAGUCCGAUCUUCGCCAGGUGGAGCAGGACAUUCUGCUGAUAGAGACCACGCCCAUUAUCUAUGUUUCCGAGUAUUAGCAAAGUCAUCAGUUUCGUUUCCGUUUCCACCAAGUGUGUCGGCGUCUGGUAGCCGAGUAAGGCUCCCUUUGGAUGCAGUUGCUCCGCUCCAGAGGCGGACACACUAAAACGCUUUUUGGUUUAGGUUGAAAAUAAAUUUCACGUUUAUGCAGUAAA